AAUACCGCCCUGCACAACACUUCUUUACCGCUCUCCAUGAUUUACAGUACCGUAAAGAUUUAGCUAAACCGGGUCCGACCGACCGACACCAACGUAGGUAGGAUCACAAAGGUAUAAAACCAAAGUGGGUUAAUCCAGUUGUCACAUGUCUGACACGUUCUGCCAAGCGUGCAAGUGUUUCACGGAGGUUGUUGUCUCCGACCACGCGACCGGCGGCACCUCAUCGUGCUCCGAAUGUGGGACUGUUGUGGUGGACGAGGUUCCCGAGUGGGUUUCUGUCCACGACCGGGAAGACCCGACCCGGGAGCCCAGCAAGCCGGUUGGACCCGAGAGUGGGGUUUCCGGGUCCAAUGGAGCAGCAGCCUCCGACGACGAGGAGGCAUCGCAGGCGCGGCGGGGGAAGCGGCGGAGGAGGCCACGCCCUCCGCCUUUUGACUGGUUUGGCUCUAUUGCUGCCGUGUCUGACAGGUUGGGAAUUGUUGCUGCCAUAAAGGAUCGAGCCAAUGAGAUAUAUAAGAAGGUGGUUGAUCAGAAGCCUCUCAAAUUUAGGACUCCGGAUGCAGUUGUGGCUGCUUGCGUCUACAUUGCCUGUAGACAAGAAAAUAAGCCCCGUACUGUGAAAGAGAUGUGCUCAGCAAAUGGAGCUACCAAGAAAGAAGUUGCCAGGGCAAAAGACUUCAUCAUGAAAUACUUGGAGACUGAGGGUCAGGAAAUAGGAACUAUUCAUGCUGCAGACUUUCUGAGACGUUUUUGUUCCGUUCUUGGAAUGUCAAAUAUAGAAGUCAUGGCUGCCCAAGAAACAGUGAAGAAAUCUGAAGAACUUGUUUUAAGGAGGAGCCCAAUAUCGCUGGCAGCUGUUGUCAUUUAUAUCAUAACUCAACUAUCAAAUGACAAAAAGGGUGUUAAAGAUAUUGCGUUUGUCACUAGAGUGGCCGAAGCGACCAUAAAAAAUUCGUACAAAGAUCUGUAUCCUCAUCUGUCAGAGGUUAUACCAACCUGGUUUGCCAAGGAGGAAGAUUUGAGGCAGCUGCCACCAGCUUAACAGUUUGGUUGAUGGCUCUUUCAUUUUCUGAAGGCAUUAGGAAUUCUUUCUAGUCCAUUUAUUUUGUUCUUUACAGUGUAAAUAGAAUAGGUUGCUAGAGCAGAGAGACCCAAAUUAGAGGCUUUAAAUUUCCAAUGUGGGUUAUCCCCGUCAAAUUUGUUGUUUGUAAAAUGGUCUUCACCCUAGUAUUAAAAUGCAGCCAUUCUCAAGUCACCCCUA